AUGGAACGGCACCUCGUGACCAGCCUGCAAGAGGACUUAGCGCACGGAAGAUUUAUGAGGAGCCAAGAAACGAAGGCCAAAGGAGACCGGCACUUCAGGCUGCUUGGAGCGCCGCAGCCUCGCUUGGCCAAACAGCAAGCGCACAGGGAGCAGCUGGCAGGGACAUCAAGGCGAGAGCUACUGACAACACCAGAGUUUCGGGCGGAAAACGGGAUCCGCAACUGGAGACUGUACCAAGACCCCUGGCCUGGCUGCCGUGGAGGGCACAGUGGGGCUUGUGGCCCUUCUGCCCUUGGAAAGCUCUUGAUGGGUGAGCAAAAUGCUGAUGUGCUCGUAUCAAGAGUUCCUUUACAAACCAUGGAGCUGUAGUCAAUUGUUAUUAGAAUUCAGCUAUGGGACACAGCUGGCCAGGAGCGCUUCAGAAAGAGUAUGGUGCAGCACUAUUACAGGAACGUCCACGCCGUCGUGUUUGUGUACGACAUGACAAACAUUGCCAGCUUUCACAGUCUGCCAUCGUGGAUAGAGGAGUGCAAGCAGCACCUUCUCACCAAUGAUAUACCACGGAUUCUUGUUGGAAACAAGUGUGAUCUGAGAAGUGCUAUUCAGGUAUCCACAGACUUGGCGCAGAAGUUCGCUGAUACUCACAGUAUGCCACUCUUUGAAACCUCUGCUAAAAACCCCAAUGACAAUGACCAUGUGGAGGCCAUAUUUAUGACACUGGCUCACAAGCUUAAGAGUCACAAGCCAUUAAUGCUUAGUCAACCCCCAGAUCGCGAUGAAAUUCAUAUAAAGCCUGAACCAAAACCUGCCAUGACCUGCUGGUGUUAAAUCAUGCUAUUUACUGUGCUGUCACCUUGUCUGUUUGAAUAUGCUUCAAAGUUGUGAUCUUGGCAAAGUUCCAGGUUUUGGUAGCAAUUAUAGCAAAUCUAUCUGGCACUUUAGUGUGUUUU